UUGUUCGACUUCCAGUGCGUCAUCUUCCAUGACGUGGAUCUAGUGCCGGAGGACGAUCGCAACACGUACAAAUGUUUUUCUUUACCAGUUCACAUGUCGUCGGCGCCAAGCCAGGAUAAUUACAGAACGCGGUACACUAUUCUGGUGGGUGGAGUUAUGAAUUUUCCUCGUGAGGAUUUCCUGAAGCUAAACGGUUACUCGAACGAGUUCUGGGGAUGGGGCGGAGAGGACGACGACAUGGCAUACAGGAUGAAAGCCUCAGCCAUGGAUUUUGAGCGAGUUCCACCGGAGAUAGGUCGUUACACGUCCUUAAUACACGGGGACAGGGAUAAAAAUCCUAGAAGAAUGGCACUUCUGCAAGGCUCAAAGAAACGCCAGGCAAAAGAUGGCGUCUCAUCCUUACCCUACAGACUGCUGUCUUCAUCCAAUGAAAAGUUAUACACACAUCUCUUAGUUGCCGUGUAAACAAGGGUAUAUAACGAUAAACAAACAAUGAUUGCUUUAUGUGCCAAGGGGCCCUGCGAGGGUCACGUGCGCUCCAUGGUGACGCCUCGGUCAAGGUCAAGGUUUAUUUGAAGGACGGCAGAUAGCCUACAUUUUGAUGUCAGUGCUGAAAUGGUUUUGUGGCAUGAACUCCUGUAAAAGGCCUGCUUUAACAACGAUCGAUCAGAAUGAUGUGAUCAUCCAUUUUUUUAAA